AUGAAGCUCACUUCCGUCGCCGUCGCUCUCUUACUCUCCCUCUCAGCUACUGCGAUGCCCGUCGCCGAUAUCGAAGGGGACACUCCCGCAGCCCUAGAGGCACGCAGAGUCAAGUGUCGUUUCAAACACGAAGGCUGGAAGAAUGUUAAGUGCUUCUUACAGGGUGGUGAUUGGAGCCACUCGUGGUUUGAGAUCACUCCGAAUUAUGCCAUCAAUGCUAAGAAUCUAAUCUUUACUUCGUGCAAUAUCAAGGACAUCCCUGCUUGCUAA